AGUGCCCUCCGCGAAGAAACGAAGCCCGAGCGAGCAGACCAGAGACGGUAGCAGCAGUGCUCGGAACUCGGAAGCAUGGAGAGGGCGGUCCCGGUGCGGAAUCCUCACACCUCGACGGCCGACCUGCUCACGUGGUCGCCGACCGGCGCCGACGCCCCGGCCGCCUCGCCGGCCGCCUCCUCCCGCCCCAGCCUCAAGCCCGCCGGGGGGAUCACGCCGGCGAUGUUCGGCGCGCCGGUGAGCGAGCACGAGGCCGAGGAUCUGAGCAACAGUGAAAGGAAAUUGGUCUCUGGCUACAAGAUGAAAGAGAUGACUGGGAGUGGGAUUUUUGCUGAAAAGGGUGAAUAUGGUGAUUCAGAGUCUGCAAAUCCUGCUAACAGAACUUCGGUGAGGAUGUAUCAGCAAACUGUUACUGGAAUAAGCCAGAUCUCAUUUAGUGCUGAUGGAAGUGUAUCUCCAAAGAAGCCGUCAUCACUGCCUGAAGUGGCUAAGCAGCGAGAGCUUAGUGGCACAUUCGAGAGUGAUGCUGAAGCUAAAAUUAACAGGCAGCUUUCUGAAGCCAAGAACAAGGAGCUUAGCGGGAGUGAUAUCUUUGGUCCACCUCCUGAGACCCCUGCAAGGCCAUUGGCUGCUCGUAAUAUGGAGUUACAAGGAAAUCUAGAUUUUGCACUUCCACAACCAAGAAGUGUCCACACAUCAGUGAAAGUAUCUAAUCCUGCUGGAGGUCCAAGCAACAUCACGUUCAGCGAGGAUCCUGUAACAAAAACAUCAAAGAAAAUUCACAACCAGAAGUUCCAAGAGCUGACAGGCAAUAACAUCUUCAAGGAGGAUGCUUCCCCUGGUUCAGCUGAGAAGUCUCUGAGCUCGGCGAAGCUCAAGGAAAUGAGUGGCAACGACAUCUUCUCUGACGGGAAGGCGUCUUCACGAGACUACCUCGGUGGUGUCCGGAAGCCCCCUGGUGGCGAGAGCAGCAUUGCGCUGAUCUAAUGAUUGUAGACUGCUCUAAUCGGGACUGGCUAGUCCUCAUCGGCAAAGCGUGUGCUCUUCCCAACACCAUGCUUGUGAUCUAAAUUAUGGUGGAUACUUUAGCCCUAAUAUAAUGCAGAGUCGCAGAGUCUGACUCCGGUCAUAUCUUGUACGCUUAUGCGUGAUCCAUGAUCCAUCCUUGGUUUCUGCUACUUAUGUAUUAAUCUCACCGUACUGAGAACCUGCGAAUAAGUAUCAUGGACUAAGGCAUCAUUGACAAGGCUGUCAUCUGGAGCUUA